CAGCACUGCGCACAGCUGCUUUCCACCCAACGUAAAGAAGAGGAGGAAGAAGAAGAAGAAGAAAUAAAAUAUACCCGCGCUGUUUUGGAGUUUUGGAGACAUUUGGAUAUUUCAUUUAAAAUUCAGUCGUUUACAGUGUAAUGUUUCUGAACGCUGAGGAUGGGGAGCAGCAGUCGAGCGGGAUUUCAUAUCGGUGACAGCGACUCCAGCGACUCGGAGAGGCUCCCCGUGAUCGAUUUCUCCCAAAAACCAAAGACUUCGGUGUGUUCAGACUCCUCGGACUCUGCGAUGACUCAUCCGGUCUCUGCUCGGCCUGCUGGGGGAAGCGUCUUCACGGUCAGCAGUGACAGCGAGGAGGAGGAAGAGGCUUUCGUUCCUCUGGCUGUAAGACUGAAACAGAAAGCUGUAGCUAAGAGCAAAUGCGAGAGUCAGAAGUCGUGUGUGAAUCAGAACGGAGGCUUGAAGGAGAAGAUCUCAACUGCGCAGUGUGUUAAAGUUUCAGAGGAUAAUCCAGGUGCUGGGAGGCGUUAUGGUAAAGAGCCUGUCUCCGUCAGGGACGAGGACGUCGGGCUACGAAAGCGCAAACGCACCCUGGAGGACGUGGAGGGGAGCAGAGAGGAGGCGCUGCGCAGGAAAGUCGAGCGGGAGAGGCAGCACGGAGAGAGAGAGCGGAUGAGAGCGGAGAAGAAAGCGCUGACGGAUGCUGUGAAGGCCAUGAAACCGGAGGAGUGCAUUAAACACAUGGUGGUGGUGGUAGAUCCUGGCCUGCUGCAGCUGGAGGGUGGUGGUGAUCUCCUGACCUCACUGCACACGAUGGGAUGCAGCUGUGCCAUUGAGAAGCAGCCGAUGCCACGGAGUGUGUCCUGGGUUAGACGCACACCCUGUCCUCAGACUGGAGAAGUGAUGUCUAUCCCAGAAGCCCUUGCGGUGCUCCAGGUCCCGGUGGAUGACUUCGUCAGCAUGGUUCACACUUCCACACAGGCGCCGAGGAGUGGAGGACCGAGCGAACGUGGCGUAACCCUCACCGCCUGGGUUCUCCGUCUUAUGGCGAGAAACGCAGACAGGACCCUCAGUGUGUCGGUGAUCGACAUAGAGAAAUAUUUCAAGAGUCGGAGCGCUAAGGGACGGCGGAGGUUUCGGGAUGCGGUGCUGGGGGACGAGACGAAGAAGAGGAAGAGGAAGGACGCGGAGCAGCUUCCUGAUGUCUCGCGGGUGGAGGUGGAGGAGUGUUUAGUCGACCUCCAGCUGCACACGGGGGUCCAAGUCCAUUUUCACUCGACCUGGAAGGACUUCACUAAUUACGUUACCAUGUCGACCAAGGCAGUAGCUGAAGCACCGUUCAAGCGGGAGCGAGACAAGACCGGCUUCAGUUUUUGUCUGGAGAGCGAGUGGGCAGGUGGUCAGAAGGUUGAGCGAACAGGGAAAGGACUUCUGCAGGUGUGGAAGAGGCAGAUCCAGCAGCUGAACCGGGUCAGCGCAGACAUGGCUACGGCCAUCCUCGGCGCCUAUCCGUCUCCUCAGCUUCUUAUUCAGGCGUACAGGCGGUGCGGAUCGGACCGGGAAAAAGCCGCGCUGCUGUCGGACGUGCUGAUCCGCCGCGGAGAAGGAGUGACGUCGACGACGCGCAGGAUCGGUCCAGAGCUCUCCAAGCGGAUCUUUCUUUCGAUGACGUCAUCAGACCCCCAGCAGACCCUGGAUUCCGUGUCAUAAACACGCAGUGUGAAGAGACUGGUUUUCGAUCUUGAUUUAUUAUUAUUAUUAUUAUUUUUUUAAAAAUCCGUUUGCUUUUAUGCAUUAUUCGUUAUUAAAUGUUUUCUCCGUCA